AUGUUCACCUGCUACAUUAUGCAGCAGCGCAGCACGGAUGAUGUUUGGGAGCUGGAGGGCAGCGUGGGAGUGAAAAUCAAAGAAGGCAAUGUGGCUUUGGAUAAUCUACAGAUAAAAGAAAAUGCCCUGAGUGAAUUGGAUGUUCCUUUUAAAGUCAAGGCUGGGCAAAUUGGUAAAUUGGCUUUGAAGAUUCCUUGGAAAAACCUGUAUGGAGAAGCCGUUGUUGCGACUCUGGAGGGAUUAUACCUGCUCGUUGUCCCUGGAGCACGUAUUAAAUAUGAUGCUGAGAAAGAAGAAAAAUCCUUGCAAGACGCUAAGCAGAAGGAGCUUUCCCGAAUUGAAGAAGCCCUUCAGAAAGCAGCGGAGAAGGAUAAGCCUAAAGAAGCCAAAAAGGAUACAUUUCUGGAGAAAUUGGCAACCCAAGUGAUAAAAAAUGUACAAGUAAAAAUCACAGACAUUCACAUUAAAUAUGAAGAUGAUGUCACGGACCCCGAGCGGCCACUCGCUGUCGGCGUCACCCUGGGGGAGCUCAGCCUGCUGACUACAAAUGAGCACUGGACUCCUUGCAUAUUGAAUGAAACAGAAAAAAUUAUAUACAAGCUUAUACGGCUUGAUAGUCUCAGUGCGUACUGGAAUGUGAACUGCCGCCUGUCCUACCAAGGGUCCCGGGAACAGAUCUUGGAUCAACUGAAAAAUGAAAUUCUUACAAGUACAAAUAGAUCCCCAAACCAUCAAUACAUUUUCCAGCCCGUGUCAGCCUCUGCGAAGCUCUACAUGAAUCCUCACGCGGAAGCCGAGCUCCAGACGCCCAAGCUAGACUGGAGCCUGGAAGUGCAGAACGUCGCCCUGGAGCUGAGCAGGCCUCAGUACUUAAGUAUGAUUGAUCUUUUGGAAUCACUGGAUUAUAUGGUUAGAAAUGCCCCUUAUAGGAAAUAUAAACCUAAUUUACCACUUCAUACCAACUGUAGACAAUGGUGGAAAUAUGCCAUCGAUUCUGUUCUUGAAGUUCAUAUAAGAAGAUGUACACGGAUGUGGUCAUGGUGUAACAUCAAGAAGCACCGAGAGUCCCUCAAGAGCUACAAAGUGGCCUACAAACAGAAGCUGACGCAGGCGAAAGUCGCAGAAGCAGUACAGAAGCAAAUUCAGGACUUGGAGAAGACUUUAAAUGUUUUUAACAUAAUUUUGGCAAGGCAGCAAGCACAAGUCGAGGUGAUUCGAUCUGGGCAGAAGCUACGGAAAAAAUCUACUGACACAGGGGAGAAACGGGGAGGCUGGUUCAGUGGGUUCUGGGGUAAGAAGGAGUCUAAGAAAAAAGACGAAGAAUCACUGAUUCCUGAAACUAUUGAUGACCUUAUGACCCCAGAGGAGAAAGAUAAGCUCUUCACGGCCAUUGGUUAUAGCGAGAGCACCCACAACCUGACUUUACCCAAGCAGUAUGUUGCCUACAUAAUGACCCUGAAGUUAGUAAGCACUUCUAUUGUAAUCAGAGAAAACACGAAUAUUCCAGAAAUACUAAAAAUCCAGAUAAUUGGCCUGGGCACUCAAAUAUCUCAGCGGCCAGGAGCGCAAGCCCUUAAGGUAGAAGCAAAGUUAGAACACUGGUAUAUCACAGGUCUGAGACAGCAAGAUAUCGUACCAUCCCUUGUGGCUUCACUUGGCGACACGUCAUCAUCCUUGCUUAAAAUUGAGUUUGAAACCAAUCCAGAGAGCAGCCCUGCUGAGCAGACGCUGGUUGUCCAGUCCCAGCCCGUGGAGGUCAUCUAUGAUGCUAAAACCAUCAAUGCAGUGGUUGAUUUCUUUCAGUCAAAUAGGGGAUUGGAUCUUGAGCAAAUAACAUCAGCUACUUUGAUGAAGCUCGAAGAAAUAAAAGAGAGAACGGCUACAGGACUUACACAUAUUAUUGAGACUCGAAAAGUCCUCGAUUUAAGGAUAAAUCUAAAGCCUUCUUAUCUAAUAGUUCCACAGACAGGUUUCCACCAUGAAAAGUCGAAUCUUCUCAUUUUAGAUUUUGGUACCUUCCAGCUCAACAGUAAAAAUCAGGCUCUCCAGAAGACCACUAAUUCAUCCCUGGAGGAAAUAAUGGAUAAAGCAUAUGACAAGUUUGAUGUUGAAAUAAAGAACGUGCAGCUACUCUUUGCAAGAGCAGAGGAAAACUGGAAAAGGCGUCGAUUUCAGCAUCCGUCAGCUAUGCACGUUUUGCAGCCCAUGGAUGUCCACGUGGAGCUGGCCAAGGCGAUGGUAGAGCAGGACGUCAGGAUGGCCAGGUUUAAAGUAUCAGGCGGACUUCCUCUUUUGCACGUGAGAAUUUCUGACCAGAAGAUGAAAGAUGUGCUGUGUUUGAUUAACAGCAUACCUUUGCCGCAGAAGUCAUCUGCACCGUCUGCAGAGAGGCAGGUAUCAGCUCCUGUUACUUCAAGUGGGACAAAAGGUCUGCUUGGUACUUCCUUGCUGUUGGACGGCAUGGAUUCAGAGUCUGAUGAGGAGUAUUUCGAUGCGGACGACGGGGCCCUGCAGACAGCUAAGAGCGUGCGGGGCUCGGGGCUCCAAAAAGCCGCGGAGGUUCCCAGCGAGGAGCUCGUCCACCUUCGGCUCAAGUUUGAAGUGAAAGAGGUAAUUUUGGAGCUUACUAAACAACAGAAAGAAGAAGCAGCACUCCUGGUGUUCAGUGUCACUCAGCUAGGCACCGAGGCCACAGCAAGAACGUUCGACCUCACUGUGGUGUCUUACUUAAAGAAGAUCAGUUUGGAUUACCAUGAAGUUCAAGGUUCUAGAAAAAAGCCCCUUCACUUGAUUAGCUCUUCUGACAGACCUGGAUCAGAUCUCCUAAAAGUAGAGUAUAUCAAGGCUGAUAAGACUGGACCUAGUUUUCAGACCACUUUUGAAAAAACUGAGCAGACAAUUAAGGUGGCCUUUUCUUCUUUGGAUUUGUUGCUGCAAACCCAGGCUCUUCUCUCUUCCAUUAACUACUUGACAGCCAUUGUUCCAUCAGCUGGCCAGAGUGCGGGUGUCCCCACAGGGCUGCAGGUCUCCACUGAGAAGCAAGCAAAUUCGUCUCAGCAGAAAGUGACUGUACCCUCCAAAGACAGUGAGGUGAUUGGCUUCCGGCUGUUUGCCAAGUUGAACGCUUUCUGCGUCACUGUUUGUAAUGAGAAGAGCAGUAUUGCUGAACUCAAGAUACAAGGCCUCGAUGCUUCCCUUUCUCUUCAGUCUAAGAAGCAAUCGCUUUUUGCCAGACUGGAAAAUAUUAUUGUAACAGAUGUCAAUCCUAAGACGGUUCAUAAAAAAGCUGUGUCCAUAAUGGGAAAUGAAGUUUUUCGUUUUAACUUGGAUUUGUACCCGGACGCCACAGAAGGGGACUCGUACACUGACGUGUCCAAGGUGGAUGGGGUGGUGUCACUCAGUGUCGGCUGCAUUCAGAUCGUCUAUCUUCAUAAGUUCCUCAUGUCGCUUUUGAACUUCCUGAGCAGUUUCCAGGCAGCCAAAGCGGCCCUGAGCGCGGCCACUGCGCAGGCUGCAGAACGGGCCGCCACCCGCGUGAAGGGCCUGGCCCAGAGGAGCUCUCGCUUCUCGGUCCACGUUGACCUGAGAGCGCCAGUCGUGCUGAUCCCGCAGUCGUCCACCUCUGCCAACGUGGUCGUGGUGGAUCUCGGCCUAAUCAGAGUGCAGAACCGGUUCCUUCUUGUGGCUGGUGAAGACACCGCGAAUCCUCCCGUGCUCGACAGAAUGCACGUGCAGCUCACGGAGCUGAAGCUUUCAAGGACGGUGAUCCAGCCAGGUACCUCCCAUCCUGAUAUUCAGCUGUUACACCCGAUUAAUUUGGAGAUCUUUGUAAAUCGGAAUCUGGCUGCAGAUUGGUACCAUAAGGUGCCUGUCGUGGAAAUCAAAGGAUGUCUUGAUACAAUGAAUGUUAAUCUAAAUGAAGAAGAUGUCAAUGUCUUGUUUAGAGUACUCACGGAGAAUCUUGGUGAAGCUCCUGACGACUUAGAUAAAGUGAAGCCAAGAGAGCCUGAGACAGGUGAAGUGAAAAAUUCCCCUGAAAUCUCUAUAUCCCAGAGUUUACAAGCCUCAAAGGACACUUUAAGAGCUGAAAGAGAAGAAAUUAGAUCUGUAGACAUCAUUAAUGUAUUGCUGAAUUUUGAAAUUAAAGAGGUUGUGGUUACGCUGAUGAGAAAAGCAGGAAAGGCUGGUAGGCCGCUGCUUGUGCUCAACGUCCUGCAGCUGGGAGCGGAAGCGCGAGCCCGACCCUACGACCUGACUGCCGAAGCCCGUCUGCAGCAGAUCCGCGCGCAGUGCUUGGACUUCUCUGACUCGGGAGGAGGCCCUCUGCACCUCGUGAGCUCCUCUCACGCGACCGAAGAGCCGCUCCUGAGGAUGGCCCUGACCAAGGCUGACUGCGAUGGACCAGAAUUUAAAACUGUUCACGAGAAUACCAAACAGAGACUAAAAGUUUCGUUUUCAUCCUUGGACUUAGUCCUCCACUUGGAAGCUUUGCUUUCCCUUAUGGAUUUUUGGUCAUCGGCAGUUCCGUCCUCCAAGUCUGCUUUUCAGAAGGAAUCUGAGCUGAAACCACUUGUGGCCGAGUCCAGAAGUAUUGCCACCAAAGCCGUACCUAGCACGGUUGCUAAAGAGGAUGUGUUCGAGUUAAAAGUCACAGCGGAGUUGGACGCUUUUAACGUCUUCAUUUGUGAUCAGAAGUGUGCUAUAGCCGACAUUAAAAUACACGGGAUGGGCGCCUCGGUUUCUGUGAAGCCAAAACAGACGGAUGUGUUCGCCAGACUUCAGAACAUCAUCGUUACAAAUGCUGAUUCACUGUCCAUUCACAAAAAGGCUGUCUCCAUCCUGGGAGAGGAAGUCUUCAGGUUCCAGAUGACUCUCUACCCGGACGCCACGGCGGGAGAGGCCUACGCCGACGUGGCCAACGUGGAUGGCAGUCUUAGUUUCAAAGUGGGCUGUAUCCAGAUUGUUUAUGUUCAUAAAUUCUUCAUGUCUCUUUUGAAUUUCCUCAACAACUUCCAAACUGCCAAGGAAGCCCUGAGCACGGCCACAGCGCAGGCUGCGGAGAGAGCCGCCUCCAGCGUGAAGGACUUGGCCCAGAAGAGCUUCCGCCUGCGCGUGGACGUGGACCUGAAGGCUCCGGUCGUCGUUAUCCCUCAGUCCUCAGCCUCGCCCAACGCUGUUGUAGCGGAUCUGGGCUUCGUCAGAGUGGAGAACAGCUUCAGCUUGCUUCCUGUGGAACAUUACUCUCUUCCCCCCGUCACUGAUGAGAUGACAGUACAACUCACUGAGCUGAAGCUGUCCAGAACUACUUUGCAGGCUGACUUGCCACAGCUUGAUAUUGAAAUUUUAAAACCAGUCAACAUGCAUUUGUCUAUACAACGAAAUUUAUCAGCAACAUGGUAUACACAAAUUCCAGGAGUAGAGAUCAAAGGAAAACUCAAGCCCAUGCAGACGGCUGGAGAGGCGGAGCGUCUCGAACAAGAUGUGACAGACUUAAAGCCUUCUGUGGACCAGAACAUCACGCUCCAGUUUGAUUUUCACUUUGAGUCUCUUUCCAUUAUCCUUUAUAACAGCGAUACCAGUCAGGAUUCCACACUUUCACUUCAUGACGACAGUUUCCGUCUCGGUGAGCUCAGGCUGCACCUGAUGUCCUCCGCAGGGCGGGUGCUCAAGGACGCUGGUCAUCGCAACGCAGAUGAGGGUGUGAUGAUCGACCGAAAGAAUGACCGAGAUAACAACAGUUCUAUGAUUGAUAUAAGUUACAAACAAGACAAAAACGGAAGUCUAAUUGAUGCUGUUCUUGACAAGCUGUACGUGUGUGCCAGUGUGGAGUUUUUGAUGACUGUGGCAGAUUUCUUCAUGAACGCAGUGCCUCAGAGCCCAGAAAAUACGGCAAAAGAAACACAGAUUCCAUCUAGACAGAGUCCCGCCGGGAGAGUCAAGGCAGAGAAAGAUGAUUCUGCAAGACGAAACGUGACAUUGAAAGCCAUGAUCACUGACCCGGAAGUGGUGUUUGUAGCCAACCUGAGCAGGGCUGAUGCCCCUGCGCUGACAGCCUCCUUCCAGUGCAACCUCUCUGUGUCGGCCUCCGGGCUCGAGCAGAUGAUGGAAGCUUCCGUGAGAGACCUGAAAGUGCUUGCCUGCCCUUUCCUCAGAGAGAAGAGAGGGAAAACUGUUACCACGGUCUUACAGCCUUGCUCUUUAUUUAUGGAAAAAUGUGCCUGGGCCUCAGGAAAGCAGAAUAUCAACGUGACAGUUAAAGAAUUUAUUAUUAAGAUCUCACCCAUCAUUCUGAAUACAGUGAUGACAAUCAUGGCUGCUAUGUCUCCAAAGACCAAAGAGGACGACUCAGAAGAUGCAUCCAAGGAAAUGGAAAGUCUUUGGGCUGUCAAGUCUAUUGAUGAUUGUAACUCUUGGUUUCUUGGUGUUGACAUGGCAACUGAAGCAACAGAAAAUUUCAGGGAGAUGGACCAUCCAUCGACAGAGGAAAACUGUGCUGUUACUGUGGAGUCGGUCCAGGUCACGCUGGAGUGUGGCCUUGGGCAUCGAACCGUGCCCUUAUUAUUGGCAGAGUCUAAGUUUUCGGGCAGUGUUAAAAAUUGGACUUCUCUAUUGGCUGGGACUGCAGACAUGACCCUACAGGUUCACUACUAUAAUGAGAGCCACGCCGUGUGGGAGCCGCUGAUCGAGCGAGUGGAGGGGAAGAGGCCGUGGAGUCUGGAGCUUGAGGUAAAGAAGAACCCGAUCCAAGAUAAAAGUUUGAUACCAGGAGAUGAUUUUAUUCCUGAGCCCAAAAUGGCAGUUUAUAUUUCUUCAGCAGAUACAAUGAAUAUAACAAUAUCUAAAACUUGUCUUAAUGUUUUCAACAAUUUAGCAAAGGGUUUUUCAGAGGGUACCGCUUCUACUUUUGACUACUCUUUAAAAGACAGGGCUCCGUUCACGGUCAUGAAUGCUGUGGGUGUGCCCGUUACGGUGCAGCCCAGCUGCAACCUCAGGGUCCUGGGCUCCCCAGGGAAGAGUGGCAUUUACAGCGUGGAUGCCGCCCAGAGCCUGGAGCUGGACUAUGCUGGCGCGGAGCCGUCGCCGCACGGGAAGCUGUCUGCGCUGAGCCGCCAGGAGAGCGCCUUCUUCACGCUGACCUUCGUGCCACACGGGUAUACAGAGGUGGCCAAUGUCCCCGUUGCCAGGCCUGGACGGCGGCUGUACAGUGUGCGGAAUCCCAAUGCCGAUUGUUCUGAUGCGGUCUUGGUGCAGAUUGACGCCACGGAAGGGAAUAAAGUCAUCACUCUCCGUUCUCCUCUGCAGAUUAAAAACCACUUCUCCAUUGCAUUUAUUAUCUAUAAAUUUGUGAAGAACGUUAAGCUGUUGGAGCGCAUUGGAAUAGUCAAACCUGAAGAAGAAUUCCAUGUCCCUUUAGAUUCGUACAGGUGCCAGCUGUUCAUUCAGCCGGCCGGUGGCCUAGAGGGUCAGUACACCGCCUCCACCACCUAUAUCCCCUGGAGGGAGGAGCUGCACAGAAGCAGCCGCGUGAGUGGCAGGCUGCAGUGUCCCUCGGCGCAGCGCAGCUCCCUGCCACUUGUCGUGAACACGGUGGCCGUGCCCGACACGCUCAGCCACGUCAGCGCCCACGGGGAGGAGUGGAACCCAGCCUACGUCGUGCACCUCCACCCCUCGCUCACACUGCGGAACCUUCUCCCGUAUUCUCUCAGAUACUUACUUGAGGGCACAGCAGACGCUCAUGAGCUCGCAGAAGGCAGUGCCGCGGACGUCCUGCAUUCCCGAGUCGGUGGCGAAGUCAUGGAGCUGGUCCUGGUGAAGUACAUGGGCAGAGACUGGACCGGGCAUGUGGGCGUCUGCGACACGCUGCCCGAGUUCUUCCUCGUGUGCUUUUCUUCCAACUCCACGGAAGGGAUGACAGUGGACCUGUCUGUGCACGUCCAGCGAAGCGGCAGCCGGCUGGUGCUGUCCGUCUUCAGUCCCUACUGGCUCAUCAACAAGACUUCUCGGGUUCUGCAGUAUCGUUCGGAAGACAGUCAUGUAAAGCACCCUGCUGAUUUCAGGGACAUUGUUUUAUUCUCUUUCAAGAAGAAGAACAUUUUUAGUAAAAAUAAGGUGCAACUAAAAAUUUCAACUAGCGCUUGGUCCAGUAGCUUCUCAUUGGACACUGUGGGAAGUUACGGGUGUGUGAAAUGUCCUGCCAACAACAUGGAAUUCCUGGUCGGCGUGAGCAUCAGAAUGAGCAGCUUCAACCUCUCGCGGGUCGUCACCCUGACUCCCUUCUGCACGAUCGCGAACAAGUCCUCGCUGGAGCUGGAGGUCGGCGAGCUCGCCCCCGACGGCUCUGUGCCCGCCAGCAGAUGGAGCUACGUUGCUUCUUCAGAGUGCCUUCCGUUUUGGCCUGAAAAUCUGUCUGGCAAACUUUGUGUGAGAGUGGUGGGCUGUGAAGGAACGUCUAAACCAUUCUUUUAUAACCGACAAGAUAAUGGCACUUUAUUGAGCUUAGAAGAACUGAAUGGUGCUCUCUUGGUGGACGUAAACACUGCGGAGCACUCCACUGUGAUAACCUUUUCCGAUUACCACGAGGGCUCUGCACCUGCCCUCCUGAUGAACCACACGCCGUGGGACGUCCUCACUUACAAACAGAGUGGGUCACGGGAGGAAUUAGUCCUGUUGCCAAGACAAGCCCGACUUUUUGCCUGGGCCGACCCAACGGGCACCAGAAAACUGACCUGGACGUACGCAGCAAAUCAUGGGGAGCACGCUCUGUUGAAGGAUGAGUGUGGCCAGUUUCCGUACGACGCGAACAUCCAGAUCCACUGGGUGUCGUUCCUGGACGGUCGCCAGAGAGUCCUGCUCUUCACAGAUGACGUGGCCCUGGUGUCCAGAGCGCUGCAGGCAGAGGAGAUGGAGCAGGCUGACCACGAGCUAACCCUGUCCCUGCACAGCCUCGGGCUCUCGCUGGUCAAUAAUGAAGAAAAGCAGGAAGUGUCAUAUAUUGGAAUAACCAGUUCUGGUGUGGUUUGGGAAAUGAAACCAAAGCAGAAAUGGAAGCCUUUUAGUCAAAAGCAGAUAAUCCUCCUGGAGCAGUCGUACCAGAGACACCAGGGCUCCCCGGGCCGCGGCUGGGUGAAGCUGGAGAAUAAUUUUGAGGUCAAUUUUGAUAAAGUUCCCAUGGAAAUGCGUCUUCCCAUUCGGUGCCCUAUUAAACGAGAUUUUCUAUCAGGAAUUCAGGUUGAAUUUAAGCAGUCUCCUCAUCAGAGGAGUUUAAGGGCCAGGCUGUACUGGCUACAGAUUGACAAUCAGUUACCAGGUACAAUGUUCCCUGUUGUGUUUCAUCCUGUGGCUCCUCCGAAGUCCAUUGCUUUGGAUUCAGAGCCCAAACCUUUCAUUGAUGUGAGUGUAAUCACAAGAUUUAAUGAGUACAGUAAAGUGUUACAGUUCAAGUAUUUCAUGGUCCUCAUUCAGGAAAUGGCGUUGAAAGUCGACCAGGGGUUUCUGGGCGCUCUUGUCGCGCUGUUUACCCCAACCAGUGAUCCUGAUGCUGAAGGCAAACGGACACAGUUACUCCAGCAAGAUAUUGAUGCUCUAAACGUGGAAUUAAUGGAGACAUCCCUGACCGAUAUGUCAGUUCUUAGUUUCUUUGAACAUUUCCACAUUUCUCCUAUUAAGCUGCAUUUGAGUCUGUCUUUGAGUUCUGGAGGAGAGGAGUCCGACAAGCAGGAAAUGAUUGCGAUUCACUCUGUGAACCUGCUGCUGAAGAGCAUCGGCGCCACCCUCACCGACGUGGAUGACCUCGUCUUCAAACUUGCUUAUUAUGAAGUACAGUACCAGUUUUACAGGCGAGACCAGCUCGUGUGGAGCGUCGUCAGGCACUACAGUGAGCAGUUCCUGAAGCAGAUGUAUGUCCUCGUGUUGGGCUUGGAUGUGCUUGGAAACCCGUUUGGAUUAAUCAGAGGGCUGUCUGAAGGAGUUGAAGCAUUUUUCUAUGAGCCCUUCCAGGGUGCUGUCCAAGGUCCUGAAGAAUUUGCGGAGGGCUUAGUGAUUGGUGUGAGAAGUCUCUUUGGACACACAGUGGGUGGUGCAGCAGGCGUUGUAUCCCGGAUCACUGGUUCUGUUGGGAAAGGUUUGGCAGCAAUUACAAUGGAUAAGGAAUAUCAGCAAAAAAGAAGAGAAGAGAUGGGCCGGCAGCCUAAAGACUUUGGAGAUAGCCUGGCCAGAGGAGGAAAGGGCUUCCUGCGAGGAGUUGUUGGUGGAGUGACCGGCAUAAUAACAAAGCCCGUGGAAGGUGCCAAAAAGGAGGGAGCUGCUGGAUUCUUUAAAGGAAUCGGAAAAGGGCUCGUGGGCGCUGUGGCUCGUCCCGCAGGAGGGGUUGUGGACAUGGCCAGCAGCGCCUUCCAGGGCAUUCAGAGGGCAGCAGAGUCAGCUGAGGAGGUUUCGAGCCUGCGGCCUCCUCGCCUAAUCCAGGAGGACGGCGUCAUUCGUCCGUAUGACAGGCAGGAGUCGGAGGGCUCUGACUUGUUUGAGAAUCACGUGAAGAAGUUGGAAGGGGAGACCUACCAGUACCACUGUGCCGUUCUGGGGAGCAGGAGGACAGUUUUCAUGGUCACGAGCAGGCGAGUGCUGUGCCUGAAGGAGGUGGAGAUCCUCGGCCACAUGUUUCUGGACUGGCAGCACCCACUCGAGGACUUCGUGCUUCCUCCCACCGUGCGUGAGAACCUGCUUCAGAUUUCAGUGAAGGAGCAAGGUCUGUUCCAGAAAAAAGAUGGUGCCGGUGCAGGCUGUCUUCGGAAAAUUUACUUGAAGGAUAGUGCCACAGCACAGAGAGCCUUCCGUGCGAUUGAAGAUGUGCAGGCCCGGAGACAGCAGCAGCAACAACUGAUGAAGCAGGCGUCGGUGAGGCGCCUCCGGCCUCAAGUGCCAUUGUAGUCCCAGGUUCCAGAGAGCUGGCCCUGGAGGAGAAGAUCGCCCUCGGGUCCUGCUGAAGAGGACUUGUCAGGCAGUUGUUCAGUUUUAUUGCUUGGAGUCGUUCAUGCUGAUUCCCUUCGCAGAUUUUAGUUCUGCCUGCUAAUUCUGUAAUCACGCAUGUAUUAGUCCACCUGUCGACUGCCACCCGAGUGGGUCAGACUCUCGAAGAACUGCUUCAGAUUUGGACUGGAAUUGUCAUUAACAUAUGAUGUAAAAGGCAGCCAGGUUAUUUUCAAAGUCUUCACCAAAGAAUGAGUUUAGAAUGACUAGUGUGCUCUGAGAGGGUUUAGCCAGACAGAUGCUGGACACUUUAACACAUGUAAAUUGUUCAGUAAUUGAAUCAAGAACAUUUUUGGUAAACUAGAUAGUUGAAGAAAAACCACUAACGGGGGAAAAAAAUACAUGUUUUCUCUCUUUCUUUUCCAAAAACUUGUUUUUCUCCAAAUAGCACAAGUUUUGCUGCUCAUUUUUUUCCUUGUGCUGUGUAGAAGGAGUAUUGGGAAUCACUCCUGAAAACAGCUUUGCUCCAUUGUCUGUAAUGUAGCGCUCACAAGAUUCUGAAAGUUAUGUACAUGUUUUAGGAUGAGCUCCUGUGCACAAUUGUAAUUUGCUGAUAAAUGAAAAUAUUGCACUUUAGAUUUUUUGCGACUCAGAAAUAUGUAUAAUGCAAUAUUUUUGUAUUUCCAGAAGUUUUCUAGAAGGUAAAAGACUUUUAAGAGCAUCAUAAAUUUACAUUUGAUUUUAGUGCUUAACAAAUGCAUUUUAAAUACUGGGGAGAGUAAAAAAUCUUGAAUUGCUUUAUAAAUAAAUAAAGUAUAGGUUUAUACAGCAACACUGGAGAAGAAAUGUUCCAUGUGUUCCGUGAAGAGCCGGUAUGAGGCGUCAGCUCCCAAAAUGUUUUGUCCUUUCUGCAUCUUUCUUCUGAGACUUAUUCUUCAAACUUAAAAAAAAAAAAAAAAAACCCAAAAACUGAAAAGUCUUUUAUUUGGGUGGACCUUAAGAGUUAUUUGUGGUAUUGAACAUGGAAUUUGUUUCAGAUUACUGAAUCAGUGGAGAAUGAAGAGGGGAAGGCUUGCUUGGGCCCGUGUUUGCUGCUGGAUGGUGCAAGAGCUGGCAGCAGUGUAUGUGCCCGAGCCUGGCCACAGAGCUGCCACCUCCAGGGCCACGGAGGAGCGCGCUGCCGGGGCCUGGCCUGGCUUCAGACGGACCUCGCCGUCCUCGGUGUGUCCUUUGACUUCUGGGAAUGAAGGUGAUGCACACAUAUAGAACUUCUGUCUUCAAAAACUGGGUUUCUUUAUUAAUGGCUAGUUGCAGCUUAUUAAGACAGUUUUAUAGCAGAUAUUUGCUUCUUUGUGCCUUUAAACAUGACUUAACAUGGAAUAGAUUAUUUUUCUAUGAAUCACAACUAUUGACAGCAUCCUAAGUAUUUAAAAAUUACAUUGUACUGAUAGUCUGUUCUGUAAAUGGAUGUACAGGACAUUGAUCUAAGAGGACUUACAGAAAUCUGUAAGCUCAUUAUCUUAGUUUGGCUUAGCAGUGAGUUUCCUACUAUUUGUAGCAUUUUUAUUUGAUUUAAUCCCCUGAGAAAGAAGUAAUCUUUGGUAAAGAAUAGUAAGAUCUGUCUUUUACAUUACGAAAUGCCUUCAAAGCCUAUUGUGUAUAAAUCGUGAGAGAAAUAAAACAUUUGAAGCAUUG